UCUUUUUACUAUUUUGUUUCACUCCCGCAGAGAGAGAGAGAGAGAGAGAGAGUGAGAGAAGGAGAGAUGGCGUUGAGGGCAGCCAUACUUCGCCACGUCCGAGUUCCAGUCCAAACCCUAACCCUAAUCGGACCGAGACUAAAGCGACCGGUACCGUACGGUGGUUCCCUCAGGUUCCUUUCUUCUCACGGCGACGAUCAUCUGACUAAAGAGGAGGUCAUCGACAGAGUACUCUCCGUUGUCAAGAGCUUCCCCAAGGUCGAUCCAUCCAAGGUGACUCCUGAUGUGCAUUUCCAGAAUGAUUUGGGCUUGGAUAGCUUAGACAAUGUGGAGAUUGUAAUGGCUCUUGAAGAGGAGUUCAAGCUGGAGAUUCCGGACAAGGAAGCCGAUAAAAUUGACUCCUGUGAUCUUGCAAUCGAAUACAUCUACAACCACCCAAUGGCUGGUUAAUUUAGUAUAAUCUUUCCGAUCUCCUUUUUCUCAUUUAACAACUUGCGGAACAGUAAUCUGUUCCGUCUGUUUUGUGUACUUGGAUGUUUGUGGAGAGAGUGAUCCCCAGAUUUGUGGUGGAAAAUAAUUCGAAAUCUAUCUGAGAAAAAAAAAAAAAACAACAACAACAACAACAAAAAAAGAGCCUUUUCAGACAUGGCUUUCGACUGUUCAUUAACGGUAACCAUUUUUAUUUUUAUUUUUAAAUUUCCCUCAAAUAUCUGAACGGUUCUGUUCUUUAGUA